AAAUUUUUUAACUUUCACUUGCUAUUCCUUCCGAGACCUUAGUGACUGGUGUUGCUUGAGAGUUGUUUAAUUUUCUUAAUUCCGUCUCUUGUGUUUAGUCCUUCAUAUCAUGGCAGCCGAUGACUUCGAUGCUAACAAUGGGGUCGAAGCCAACUCUAGAGUUCCCGAUGAGUCCUCACCGCUACUGCCAGGCUCGAAAGAUGCUCUGUCGCGAGUAUUGAGUGAUAGGUCGGAGUUAUGGCUUCUGUUCCAGUUCUCCAUCCCUCUCAUCGCCACCUACUUGCUUCAAUAUUCCAACAGCGUCAUUACCACCAUCGUGGCGGGUCAUCUGAGCGCCGACGACCUCGCCGCCACGAGUAUCGGGCUCACUACCAUGAACAUCAUCGGCUAUGCUAUUUUCGAGGGCAUGGCAACCGCACUAGAUACUCUUUGCGCUCAGUCAUAUGGGUCCGGCAACCUCACAGAUGUUGGGCUACACGUGCAGCGAAUGACCCUCCUCAUGGGCCUUGCUGCCAUUCCCAUCGGCACGUCGUGGAUCUUCUCGCCUUCGAUCCUUUCCGUCUUCGUCAAGCAAACCCAUUUAGCCCUGAAGGCCGGAAGCUUUCUCCGGUACAGCUUGGUAGGUCUCCCUGGGUACGCCCUUUUCGAGGCUGGCAAACGGUUCCUGCAAGCACAAGGAGACUGCAAUGCUGGGAUGGUCAUCUUGAUCAUAUGCACACCGAUCAAUGCGUUGCUCGGCUGGCUGUUUGCCUUCAAGCUAAAUAUGGGCCUCGAAGGUGCGGCUUUAGGAGCGGCUCUGACCAACGAUCUCCGCCCUAUUCUGCUCCUAAUUUAUGUUGCCUUCUUUGGUAAAUGGUCGCACUCAUGUUGGGGUGGCUUAUCAAAAGACGCAUUCCACAAAUGGGGCCCCAUGGCCAGGCUCUCGCUCGCCGGGUCCGCUGUGAACAUCGGGGAGUGGUCCGCAUUCGAGAUAUUGACGUUCAGUACCUCGUAUAUCAGCACCAACCAUCUCGCGGCUCAAACCAUCUUGACGACUGUAUCCGUGGUGGCCUGGCAUAUCCCUUUCUCCGUCAGCGUAGCCAUUAGUACUCGGAUUGGCCAUCUUAUCGGAGCGGGAUUUGUUGCGGCUGCUCGACGAGCCGCUGUUCUCUACGCCAUUGUGUUUGUUUCUAUCGGUGUCUUCGACGGCAUCUUCCUCUUUGCUCUACGAAGUCAACUUGCACAAAUUUUCUCAGAGGACCGGGCUGUCCGCGAUAUUGCGACCGGAUCCAUGCUUGCCGUAGUCGCAUUCCAGAUCAUUGAUUCCAUCAUGUGUGGAUGCAACGGCAUGUUACGUGGACUCGGUCGCCAAUCCAUUGCUGGCUGGAUAAUCUUUCCCGUCAACUACCUGGGCGCCGUCCCACUUGCAAUUUGGCUGGAGCUGGGCGAGCCACAAAUGGAGUUAUAUGGCCUCUGGCUUGGUCUCGGAGUUGGCUUGUUGUCAAUUGCCGUGAUUGAGUGUAUUUAUCUGAAAGUCAUUAACUGGCAGGACUGUGUGGAGAGUGCUAAGACGAGGGAGGACGCGUAGUUGGUCAUUGCGUAUUCCGAAGAACCACCAGGGCCAACAGCAAUUCGAAGCUUGUAAGCAAUUCGGAUCAGAGUCAGUUUGACAAACUUUCAGGGUAAAACACUUGGUUACAACCGGACGUCAAAUGUAGCGCGUGUGCUGUGGAUCAAACCGCAGGAUUAGCCUGUGAUUGGGGCAUAAGAGUUGCCACCACCGUGAAAGGCAUGUGGCCGUCAAACACAUCAACCCCUUAUACAGUGUAAAGAGGCUAUAAGUCAAAAUAUGAAUGCCCAUACUUGUUUGAUAAACUCUGGAAAGAUGAACUAAUAAGGCGUUGACGUGUGGCAGGACGUAACAAUCAGUCCAAGAUAGUGAGGACCCAGAAUAAAACAAACCACAGCAAAACAACUCGUGU